AUGGGUCUCUCCGAUGACACUCACACUUCAGGUACGUUGUUCGUUACUGCGCAAGAAUGGGUGAUGAACAGACGAUAUAUUAAGGCGAUUAGCACUACCAUACUUGUUGCAUCCAUUUCGUCCUAUCUUAAAGCGUUUAUGAAUGCCGCUAUAAGCAUGAAUAUACGGCCUUUCUACAAUGCCAAGGAUUUCAUUGGUGUCCCAGCAAUGUACGACCACGAACCCGCAUUAUAUUGA